AUGAAAAAUGGUAUACAGUGGGCACAAAUUACGGAUGAAACAUUUCAAACCCCCAACAACAACAACAACAACAGCAACAAUAACAAUUGCAGAGACAUUGAUUAUAGCAGCGGACGUUACAACGAACGCAGGACGUAUUUCUCAGAUGACUUCGAUCAAUAUGGACAAAAUUACGAUGAAUUGGAUUUAACCGACACUGGCGAUGAUCCUGAAACAAAGCCCAGAUUAUUUCAAGGAGACAUAGCUAUCGAUCCGUUUACCUACAUAACUCUUCGCUUAGGUGUGAAUCCAACGAAACAUCCUAAACGGCUUUGGCCAAAUGCAACAAUACCCUUUGAGAUUAGUUAUUUGUAUGAGAGUCAUGAGAGAAAUGCUAUAGAACGCGUUUUAAAAACUUUUAAUGCCCUCACCUGUAUUCGAUUUGUACCCUACGAUGGUGAAGAGGACGAUUACAUAUUAAUAACACCACCCGAAGAUGGUCCCCAGGGUUGUUGGUCCUAUGUGGGCCGAAAAGGUGGUGAACAGGUGGUUUCCUUACAACGACCCGAUGAGACGAGUGCCCACUGCUUCAGUAGCGAGGGUCGGAUAAUGCAUGAACUCAUGCAUGCCAUUGGCAUUUAUCACGAACAAUCAAGAGCUGAUCGUGACAAUUAUGUUAAAGUCCACUGGGAAAAUAUUGUGCCAAAAUUUCGAAAAAAUUUCAAACUAAUAUCGAAAAAGCGCGGCAAAUACACCUUCGAUUAUGAUUAUAACUCUGUCAUGCAUUAUGGAGAAUUCUACUUUAGUAAAAGCAAGGGAAAGAAGCCUUCCAUAACUCCGCUGCAGCCGGGUAUUCGAAUUGGCCAAAGAAAGACCAUGAGUAAAACGGAUUGUCUGAAAAUCAACGACUUAUAUGGAUGCCUUAAAGGGCGCCAAGCAAAAAUGUAUCGUAGUUUCUGUCAUUUAUUGGGCCUAUAACUAUGGGAGGGUUUCUUGAAGGGUUUCAGUGAAUCAUAU